AUGUCGACCGAAGCAAUCGAUCACGCCGGUCUGGAGAAGGACAUGGGCCCUACUCCCCGGGUCGGUGUUCAAAAUGGUAUCCAGAACGGUUUUCAGAACGGUGGCGGCGCCCCCAUGCAGCCCCAGAUGUCUGCCGAAGAGCACCAAGUAGCACGCGCUGCGGCCCGCUUCGGAUACGGGCCCCUCGCUCACGUCAACACCGCGGAGGCUUUCCUGCCUUCCUUCGGUGGUGAGUUCCAGCCCGGUCUGUACAAGCCCGUCGAGGGCCGCAAGUUUGCCAAUCCUGCUCCCCUCGGCCUCUGCGCUUUCGCCCUCACCACGUUCGUGCUGAGCGCUAUCAAUAUGGGUACCCGCGAUAUCGGUGUCCCCAGCAUUGUCAUCGGCCUGGCCUUUGGCUACGGUGGUCUCGUUCAGCUGCUCUCCGGCAUGUGGGAAAUGGCUGUUGGUAACACUUUCGGUGCUACUGCUCUCUCCUCCUACGGUGGUUUCUGGAUCGCUUUCGCUAUCGUCUUGACUCCUGGUGGUUUCGAGAUUGGCGAUGCCCUCGGCGAGGCCAGCAACGACCCUUCCAAGUUCUAUGAUUCCAUGGGUCUGUUCCUGAUGGGCUGGUUCAUUUUCACCACCAUCAUGUUGUUCUGCACCUUCAAGUCCACCGUCGCUUUCUUCCUGUUGUUCUUCACACUGGAUCUGACCUUCCUCCUGCUCGGUAUUGCCUACCUGCAGCGCGGUCCCGAUGGCCACCCCAAUGCCAAAGUCCAGAAGGCUGGUGGUCUCUUCGGUUUCUUGGCUGCUUUCGCUGCCUGGUACAACGCCCUGGCUGGUCUUGCCGAUACCAGCAAUAGCUUCUUUAUAAUCCCUGUGGCCCACUUCCCCUGGUCUGCCACUGGUCGCACUCGUCGUGGCAAGACUGACCGCGAGCAGGCAUAG